CACUUACUAUGUACAUACCUACCUCAUUACCUCUGGAGCCAUAUAGCAGCAAGGGCAGAUACGACGGUAACUUCGAUACGACAGCCUGACAACAGAUGGACUGGAAUAUGGCCGCUUUAUGACGUUGACUUUUAAUUUGAACAUCUGCCAGGUUGAAGGUUAAAGGCAAAAAGAGAAUACCACUUUACACUUCAAAAUGGAAUUCAUCACAGCCCUCCGAGGCAACUUCGACGAUCAGAAGCCGUCCCUAUUCGAGCUGCUUUCCGAGCAUCAGCUAAACGCCCUUUUGCCCCCGACGCUUCGCUACCUUUUGACCGUCGCCACGCAACGAUACCCUCGAUACCUUCUCCGCGCCUUGAACUCUUUCGAUGAAUUAUACGCGCUCGCCAUGCUCGUCGUCGAGCGCCACUACCUUCGUACGCGCGGCGGCAGCUUCACCGAGCACUUCUAUGGAUUGAAGCGAGAGAAAGCUCUGCAAGCCGAGAUUCCGCGCGCCGCUGCUACUGCGCCGGGCAUCGUUCGCGACACUCUCAAGCUGAGCGAGAAGGACAUAUGGAAAAAUCUCGCUGUUAUGGUCGCCAUUCCCUACUUGAAGCGCAAGCUGGACGAGAGCCACGAGAUCGAGGCCCCUCGAGCCCUCCUCGGCACCAAUUACACGCGUAUGCCUCCGCGCCCGAACAUCAGACAGCGGAUCAUGCAUUAUUACAAGUGGUUCAUACGGAACGUCUAUCCAAGCGUGCACGCGGCCUACUAUUUUAGUAUUAUCGCCUUCAAUCUGGCAUACCUCUUCGAUAAUACCAAAUUCCACAACCCUUUCCUAUGGCUUAUUGGCACGAGGAUGCGCCGCAUGAAUGCCGCCGACUUCCAAGCUAUCGAAGCACUAAGUAAACCCAAGACAGGCAACCCGCCGGGCCCAACAAGCAUAUUUAACCCUAGGACAAUGGGGCCAAAAAUAUUGGGGGGUUUAUCUGUGCUACUGCCAACAAGCAUCUUUGCACUAAAAUUCUUAGAGUGGUGGUAUGCAUCUGAUUUUGCGAAGCAGCUAUCAAGGAAGGCUGCAGAGAAUCUUGAGUUACCACCUCCUCUUGUUUCGGGACUCUCAGCACUCGGCACAAAGCUACAACUAAAGCAAAGCAAGCAAGUUGAGCACAAGAACCAGCAAGAAGAUGUUGACCGAACACCGCUGGCUGAGAAUGCCCCUAUUGCCACAUCAUCCUUGCUACCUAUUCUCACCGUAUCGCGUCCAGACAACUCCGAAUUAUGCCCUAUAUGUGAGGAUGAGAUUACAACCGCCACAGCCUGCCAGACCGGAUUCGUGUACUGCUACGCUUGUAUACAUAAAUGGCUUGAAGGAAUACAUCAGCGACAAGAAGAGUUCAUGGUCGAUAAAGCUGGUAAAUGGGACAGUGGUAAAGGUCGUUGUGCCGUCACAGGACGACGUGUGCUUGGAGGGACUGAGGGAUUAAGACGGAUCAUGGUCUAAGAUAUUCUGAGGACUUCUACCAAUAUUCACGGGCCUAAAUGACGUUGUAUGAUUAUCAUGCUACUCAGUUGAUACGUUUGGUCGUCAUCCUAGGUGCCCAAACCUAGCACAGCAUACCAAGACUCAUUACUAACUGAUAAUCACUCCAAAGUACGAACCCUACUAUAAGGGUAUCUCGAUUUGACGCGGCUGCAAUCACAUUUCGACCGGCCUAGAAAGUUAG